AUGGUCCGAGAAACACACCUACCGGUCUUUAAUGGGCGGAAGGGUGUGCAAAUGCACGACGAAAUCUUGAGGAAAGCUCUGAAAGCGCUCAUCGAUGAGGAAAUUCCGGUGGUGGAAUAUGGUUCGCAAAUUCUCUAUCGAUGGGGAUGGGCAGAAGUCCUCAUGGGCGCUGAAUGGGCGGUUCCCGAUGAUCUCCUGACAUUUGCUUCACAAACACUUGCCGAUAAUGGCUUUCCUGAGGCUUCAAAGCCUGACUGCAAUUACUAUCUUGGCGGAUGGGUAGAUCUAAGCCGAUUCCACAAAGAUGCUGUGUACGGAAGCAUGAUCUACCUUUAUCCUCUGUCGGUACUUGGUCUGACUCUCGAGGACACUUUCGAAGUUCCAUCCACAUUUGACCAUAAACAACAACUCUUGACCCCGAAACCUCCUCGAUAUAUGUUGUCAAUGAUCCAUCACCUCGUGAAUUCCUCCGUCGCCGACUACUCCAUACGACAUCAAGUAAUAAGUGACCUCGCGGGCUUCAUGCACGGAUACAUCUUCCAUGGCCCUCCAGCUGAUACACAAUACAACACCGCCGAGGAAGAGGAGGCAGCAGAGAGGGAGUUUAUGGAAAUGGUGCCAUCCGCAAUCCAGGAGAUCAGAUCAUGGGACUGGGGAGAUGUUCCAGAUCCAGAGUAUCUGGACAUUGCUGAAAAAGUCGUUCGUGAUGCCAGAGAGUUGGAUAAAAUCACCAAGGCUGUGAAAGCAGCACCUGAUGAAUCCCCAGCCAAUCCUUCAACUGCCACGAGCAUGUGA